GCUCUCAGCGGCGUCAACACGAACCUCUAGCAGGUAGCUGUACUACAUGUUGAAUGCACCGCACACACCUGACAAAUCCAGUCUCUCUAACCCAAGCAUUUAUCACCCUACUACAGAAAUGCAAAUCAAUCUCAGACCUCAGGCAAAUCCACGCAAUGCUCACUGUGUUCGGCCUCUCCCAAGAAAGCCCAUUCGCUUCAAGAAUCCUCUCGCUAGCAGCAAUGUCCGAUCCUUCAAUCGAUUAUGCCCAUCGCUUAUUCCUUCAACGCCCUAACCCAACUGUCAGGGACUACAAUGCUCUCAUUAGAGGCCAUUCCCACAGCAAGAACCCAAACAAGUCUGUAUUUUUAUUUGUUGAAAUGCUGCGGAACGGUGUCCUCCCCGACCACCUCACGUACCCUUUUCUUAUCAAGGCUUUGGCCCAGCUUUCGAAGCCAAGAGUUGGCGGGAGUGUUCAUGGGCGUGCGGUGAGAGAUGGGUUUGUUGAGGAUAUGUUUGUUUUGAAUUCUUUGAUUCAUUUGUAUGGCUCUUGUGGUGAUAUUUUGUCUGCAAGGAAGGUGUUCGAUGAAAUUCCCCUGAAGAAUUCGGUGUCGUGGAACUCGAUGUUGGAUGGGUAUGCGAAAUCUGGGGACGUUGUUUCGAUGAGGGAGGUGUUUGAAAGGAUGCCUGAGAGAGACGUGGUGUCAUGGAGCUCACUGAUUGAUGGGUACGUCAAGGAUGGGGAGUAUGCGGAGGCUUUGGCUGUUUUUGAAAGAAUGAAGCAAGUUGGGCCAAGGGCUAAUGAGGUGACCAUGGUGAGUGUUUUGUGUGCUUGUGCUCACUUGGGAGCUCUAGAGCAGGGGAGGAUGAUGCAUAGUUACGUGGUUGAGAAUAAGUUGCUCAUGACUCUAGUUUUGAGGACAUCAAUCAUAGACAUGUAUGCCAAGAGUGGUGCAAUAGAGGAUGCAUUGUUGGUUUUUCGCAGCGCUUCAAUGAGAAAUACUGAUGUGCUGAUUUGGAAUUCUAUGAUUGGAGGGCUAGCAGCCCAUGGUCUUGUUUGGGAGUCAUUGAAAAUGUACAAGGAGAUGCAGAGUUUAAAGAUUCAACCAGAUGAAAUCACAUACUUGUGCUUGUUGAGUGCUUGUGCACAUGGAGGUUUAGUGAAGGAAGCUUGGUGUUUCUUCGAUUCUUUGGGCAAAAAUGGCACGAAACUGAAGAACGAACAGUAUGCUUGCAUGAUUGAUGUUUUAGCCCGCGCUGGUCAGUUAACGGAAGCUUACCAGUUAAUGUCUAGAAUGCCUAUGGAACCAUCUGCUUCCAUGUUAGGUGCACUACUUAGUGGCUGUCUGAAUCACAGAAAACUAGACCUUGCAGAAAUAGUGGGAAAGAAGUUGAUUGAAUUGGACCCUUGUCACGAUGGUCGUUAUGUUGGCCUUUCAAAUGUGUAUGCACUAAAGAAAUGCUGGUACGAAGCAAAAGCGGUGAGAGAAGCCAUGGAAACAAGAGGGGUCAAGAAGUUUCCUGGUUUUAGUUUCGUGGAGACUCUUGGAGCCCUUCACAGAUUCGUAGCUCAUGACAAAACACACCCCAAGUCAGAAGAAAUCUAUAUAAUGUUACACCUAGUGUUGUGGAAUAUGAAGUCUGUUACUGAUUUUGAAGUACAAGAAUACGAGUAGUGAUAUGGAUCACAUGUAAGUGCUUAUGGUGAUUGGUUCAUUCUAUAAGAGAUUUAUAAAUUGGGAUACACAUAUCUCGAGUCAUUGCAGAAAUGUUAACUUGGAAUCUGCAAAUCUGAAAUGGGAGAGCAUUGUAAAAUGUUGAUGAUCCAUGAGUUGUGCUUGAUUUUGUAUUCUGGUACGAGAACAGUAACUUAUGCAAUUGUUGGCAGUGAGUGGAAGAAAAUAAGAACUUAGGAUUGAAGUUCUUGCUAUUGGUAAAUAGUUAAUCCAAGUAGAUGUUAAAGAUUUGGUUUCGAGCGGUGCAUUGGUCGGCGGUAGUAGCAAGUAGCAGUUGAUGGCUAUGAAAUGGGGGAAUGAAUUUCUAUUGAAAACAGCCAAACCUUUGGGUGGAACGAGCCAUUCGCCUUUUAGAUGGGGCUUGGUAGAUAGGAAAGUUCUGCAAAUUUAAAAGGUGGGAAUAUGGUGGCAAAUUUUACUGUGAAAUUGUAGCGUGUACCAGGAAGGAAAGCAGCGUCGAAUUAUUUUAAAUACAUUUCACGUUGAUUUGACAAUAUACGUGAUUGUAUGAGGCUAUGAGCUCUGUUUUGUAGUUUUAUUUUCGACACACUAGUUUCAUUAUAAUAACAGUAGAGUAUCAUUUUAAUUACACAUCAGGUUUAUGUGACAAUAUAGUUUA